GCCUCUCUCUCCCCACAUUUCGGUCGAGGGUUGUUAUUUAGUCUUGUUCGAUAGAGAGGAGAGAGAAACUCCCUUACACACAAAAACACAACAGAUACCUAAAAAGGGAAACCGAUUUUCUUUUUCGAAUUCUCUGAAUCUCUGCUUCGAAAUUUUUUCCCGGAAAGUCAUCGAAUACCUCGUCCUGUUGCGACAAAUUCCAAGGAUCUGAUAGAGGAGGAGGAGGAGAAGCUAGGGUUUCUGUUUCUUCGGUGUUUUGAUUUUGGGGAGGCGGGAAGUGGAUUCGACGAAGAUUGAUCAGAGAUGCGGUUUUGUGUGAAUUCUAGCUGAAUCUAUCUCAGUUAGGUUUUAAUUUCGAGCUUUAGGUUGGAAAAUGGAUGUCGAUUCGUCUAUGGUGCCGGAGAGCGAUCACGAUCCGGUGGAUCAGAACCACAGCGGAGCACAGUCUCCAUCGCCGAUGGAGAGGGAGGCCCCGCAGCAGAUGAGCGAGCAAGUGCCGCCGGAAGGUGGAUCUUCUCCGGCGUCGUCGCCUCCUAACUCGGCGACGAGUCCGCCGGCGCAACAGCUACCGGCGGAUGCGGAAUCGCAACCGGCGGCGGUGGCUGGUCCUAGAUGUGCGCCGACGUAUUCGGUGGUGAAUGCUAUAUUAGAAAAGAAGGAGGACGGGCCUGGACCUAGAUGUGGUCACACGUUGACGGCGGUCCCUGCCGUUGGUGAGGAGGGGACGCCUGGCUACAUUGGGCCUCGUCUCAUCUUGUUCGGAGGUGCGACGGCUCUCGAGGGUAAUUCUGGGGGAACCGGGACGCCAUCUUCAGCUGGAAGUGCUGGCAUUCGACUUGCUGGUGCAACUGCAGAUGUUCAUUGCUAUGAUGUCCUCUCCAAUAAGUGGACAAGGCUGACACCUUAUGGAGAACCACCGACCCCAAGAGCUGCGCAUGUUGCAACUGCUGUUGGGACCAUGGUAGUUAUUCAGGGUGGAAUUGGUCCUGCUGGUUUGUCGGCUGAGGAUCUUCACGUUCUUGAUCUCACUCAACAACGGCCACGAUGGCACAGGGUGGUUGUUCAGGGUCCUGGUCCAGGGCCCCGUUAUGGCCAUGUCAUGGCAUUGGUGGGACAAAGGUAUCUCAUGGCAAUCGGUGGAAAUGAUGGGAAACGUCCACUCGCUGAUGUAUGGGCCUUGGACACUGCCGCAAAGCCUUAUGAGUGGCGUAAGCUGGAACCUGAAGGGGAAGGUCCACCUCCAUGCAUGUAUGCCACUGCUAGUGCACGUUCUGAUGGCCUUCUUCUCCUUUGUGGCGGGAGGGAUGCGAACAGUGUGCCUCUGGCAAGUGCAUAUGGACUUGCCAAACAUAGAGAUGGACGUUGGGAGUGGGCCAUCGCCCCUGGUGUCUCGCCGUCAGCCAGAUAUCAGCAUGCAGCAGUCUUUGUAAAUGCAAGACUCCAUGUGUCUGGUGGGGCUCUUGGUGGUGGGCGCAUGGUAGAAGACUCAUCCAGUGUCGCAGUGUUGGAUACCGCAGCAGGUGUUUGGUGUGACACAAAAUCGGUUGUUACUAGUCCUAGAACUGGCAGAUACAGUGCUGAUGCAGCUGGUGGCGAUGCUUCUGUUGAACUGACCAGGCGUUGUAGGCAUGCUGCUGCUGCAGUCGGUGAUUUGAUAUUUAUUUAUGGUGGUUUACGUGGAGGGGUGUUACUCGAUGACCUAUUGGUUGCUGAAGAUCUUGCUGCAGCAGAAACAACAUCUGCUGCCUCUCAUGCUGCAGCAGCUGCAGCAGCAACUAAUACGGCAGCUGGCAGAUUACCUGGGAGGUAUGGUUUCACUGAUGAAAGUUCAGGGCAGUUAUCUGAAACAGCACCUGAUGGUUCUGUUGUGCUUGGAAGCCCUGUUGCACCUCCUGUAAAUGGUGACAUGUAUACUGAUAUAAGCACUGAAAAUGCAAUGCUUCCUGGAACCCGGAGAACGAGUAAGGGUGUGGAGUAUCUAGUUGAAGCAUCGGCGGCAGAAGCUGAGGCUAUCAGUGCUACAUUGGCUGCUGCCAAGGCACGACAGGUUAAUGGUGAAGUUGAACUCCCAGAUAGGGAUCGUGGUGCUGAGGCUACACCUAGCGGGAAACCCACGUCUACACUAAUCAAGCCAGAUUCUGUGGCUUCAAACAGUGUUCCUCCUGCUGGGGUUCGGCUUCAUCAUAGAGCUGUGGUGAUUGCUGCAGAAACAGGUGGAGCUUUAGGUGGAAUGGUUAGGCAGUUAUCAAUCGAUCAGUUUGAAAAUGAGGGACGACGUGUCAGUUAUGGGACACCCGAAAGUGCAACAGCAGCAAGGAAACUAUUAGAUCGACAGAUGUCCAUCAACAGUGUUCCAAAGAAGGUUGUAGCUCAUCUUUUGAAGCCCCGUGGUUGGAAGCCACCUGUCCGACGCCAAUUUUUCUUGGAUUGCAAUGAAAUAGCAGAUCUUUGUGAUAGCGCUGAGCGUAUCUUUGCAAGUGAGCCAACUGUUUUACAGUUGAGAGCUCCCAUCAAGAUAUUUGGUGAUUUGCAUGGACAGUUUGGGGAUCUUAUGCGCCUUUUUGAUGAAUAUGGUGCACCAUCAACAGCUGGAGACAUAUCAUACAUCGAUUACCUCUUCCUAGGGGAUUAUGUCGAUAGGGGUCAACACAGCCUAGAAACAAUCACACUUUUGCUUGCGCUAAAGGUUGAGUAUCCUCAUAAUGUACAUUUAAUUCGUGGGAACCAUGAAGCCGCAGAUAUUAAUGCCCUUUUUGGGUUCCGAAUAGAAUGCAUCGAGCGAAUGGGUGAAAGAGAUGGAAUCUGGGUGUGGCACCGAAUCAACCGAUUAUUCAACUGGCUUCCUCUAGCUGCGUUAAUCGAGAAGAAAAUUAUCUGUAUGCAUGGGGGUAUCGGUCGGUCAAUAAAUCAUGUGGAGCAGAUAGAAAAUAUUCAGCGUCCUAUUACAAUGGAGGCGGGUUCCAUCGUGCUUAUGGACUUGCUAUGGUCCGAUCCAACUGAAAACGACAGCGUGGAAGGACUGCGACCCAAUGCUAGGGGCCCUGGUUUGGUUACUUUUGGGCCUGACCGUGUGAUGGAGUUCUGCAACAACAAUGACCUUCAGUUGAUUGUACGUGCACACGAAUGUGUUAUGGAUGGAUUUGAACGGUUCGCCCAGGGGCAUUUGAUAACGCUUUUUUCAGCUACAAAUUACUGUGGUACUGCAAACAAUGCCGGGGCCAUCUUGGUGUUGGGGAGAGAUCUUGUAGUGGUCCCUAAGCUGAUUCAUCCGUUGCCUCCAGCGAUGUCAUCCCCCGAGGCUUCACCAGAAAGACACAUAGAAGACACAUGGAUGCAGGAGCUGAAUGCUAAUCGACCACCAACUCCGACCAGAGGACGCCCACAAUCCCCCAAUGACCGAGGCUCACUUGCUUGGAUAUAAAACCGGCACACACACUCACACUCUUGGUCUCUGCGAGCAUACCGCUCCCCGAACAACUCUUCCUUACAGCCAGAUAGAGCCCGAAACCCCGAGCCGCGAUUUCCUGUUUUUGAUGUAAGUCCCUUUUUUAUCCGCAAAGGAUGAAUUGAUUGAUAUAACCAAAGAGAGAUCGGGAAAUCAGAAAUUCGUCGCCGUUGAUGAAUUAGAGGUGGUGUUUGUGUGAAUUGAGCGUGGAAACAAUACUCACGUGAAGCGUUGGGGACGAAGACGAAAGAGAGCAAAAACUCAGUUUUGGGUGGUGACUUCAAAGAGUGCUUCUUUAGACGCGACGCGAGGGUGGGUUUUAGUUUGGUUGGUGGUUAGUUGAGUCCUCCUCUCUUUAUGUCAAUUUUUUAUUCAGUCCGUUUUUAUUCCAUAUUUAUUUUUUGGUCCUCGUGUUUCUUUUCAUUUCAUAUCCGCCCCUAUUAUUCAUAUAAAUAUAAAUUAGCGAGGUGUAUCUGUUUGGGAGACUCGGUCGGUUUGUGUAUCAUAGAGGGUGUUUGGGCUUUUUGUGUAAUUCCUCCGUCUCCCUCCACUUGAUUGUACAAUUUGUAACUGGUGGUCUGUGUGUUUAGGAUACGAAAUUCUUUUUCUUCAAUGGCUUCUUGAAGCUGAAUUGGUUGACAUCUAAAAAGCCUAUGUUUAAUUGAUUGGAUGAGAUUCGUUAUGUCA